AUGGAAAGAAUCAAUCGACAGAGAGUAAAUGACCGCGAAUGGGCUCGGCGUAUCAUCUCAUGGGUUAUACAUGCAGUGCGACCUUUACGUCGGGAUGAGCUUCGACAUGCUCUCGCCAUAGAGGAAGGUGACCGUCGACUGGAAGAGGACAACUUCCCUGAUCUGGACGAAUUGAUUUCUCUCUGCGCAGGCCUAGUCAUCCAUAAUCAAGAAGCUGAUACGGUGCAGCUGGUGCACUAUACGACCUAUGAUUAUCUCACUGAUAUUGCCUGGGCCCUUGCGGCCAGAGACGCUAUAGCGACAAGCUGCGUUACGUAUCUCCUGUUCGAGACGUUCGGCACCGGCUCCUGUGCAUCCCGGGAGGAGUUGCAACGACGGCUAGAAAACAACUCGCUCUAUACCUAUGCCUCGGUCAAUUGGGCACACCACGUCCGCACCUCUUCCUUGGAAGAAAAUGAUCUGGUCUUCGAAUUCCUUGGAAAUGAAGACUAUGUUUCCGCAAGCGGACAAGCGCUCAUGUAUACUCUGCUCCAUGGGUAUGAUGUCGGUCAACUACCACGUAAAUUGACAGGAAUGCACCUAGCAGCAUAUUUUGGCCUGGAAAGGGCUAUGCUGGUGUUGUUAGCAAAGCGCGUCUACGACACAAAUCCAAUCGAUAGUUAUGGCCAGACGCCUCUGCUCUGGGCUGUCCAGGGUGGACAACAGGCUGCGGUCGAGCUGCUUCUCAAGCAGGGCGCAGAUCUGAACCUGCUCACGGGAGCUACAGGAAAUAAUCUUACUCCCGUGUGGCUGAUAAACGGUUAUAUAACCACUGGUUUCAACAUGCCACUUGCGGUGGCUGUACAAAUGAAAAACUCAGCCCUAGUCGAGUUACUGCUGAACAACCAAGCGGAUCCAAAUCUUGACCCUGGUGGGAGUGCUACACCACUUUGGUGGGCUGCACGAGAAGGCUAUCUGGAGAUUACCAAUACCUUACUCCGGCACGGUGCUGAUCCAAACCUUGCGCCACCAGGUGGAGGCUCGCCUCUGUGGUGGGCCGUGAGUGAUGGGAACAUAGACAUUGCAAGGCUAUUGCUCGAACAUAAAGCAGAUCCAAACCCUGCUCCACCAGGCGGAGGCUCGCCUCUGUGGGUGGCCGUGAGGGAUGGAAAGAGAGACAUUGCAAGGCUAUUGCUCGCACAUAAAGCAGAUCCAAAUUCUGCUCCACCAGAUGGAGGCUCGCCACUUUUCUGUGCUGCGCGGGAUCAGAACUCGGAACUUGUUGGACUGCUGCUCGAGCAUAAGGCCAGUCCUUUCUUCGAUCCCAUGACCUUCCACACACCAUCCUUUCUCAGUCGUAUGGGGGUAGGAAUAAUACACAAUUUGGAUGAUGAGGGUGGCGAAAGUGCCGAAGGUCAAUGUUGA